AUGGCACAUUUUGAUGAAGGAGUGUUUUUAGAUGUUGACCAACUUUUAUCAGAGGAAGCACUGGCAGAACUGUAUUAUGAUGAACAUGAAGAAAUGCAAGAUGAAGAUUUCGAGCAAUAUGAAUCAGAAAAUGAAAAUAUGCAAGAAGAAGAACAAGAGGCAGAUAAUGGGCAACAACGCAUAGAAGAAACUAAUGCAAACCAGAACAUGCAACAUGGGGCAGACCAUGGGACUCAAGCUGCCAGUAGAAAACAGCUGACUUUGCAAAAGAAAAGGGAGAUUGUUGAUGCAAUGCUGGUUACAAUGCAAGAUGGCAUGUUACCUAAGGGACACAUGAAACAGUUAUCCAUCCAAUUCAGAGUUCACAAGUCAACAAUCAGUAGAGUUUUUACUGACAUUAAAAAACAGAUGGCACAGGGGAAUAAGAUUGAUGUCAGGACUAAGAAGUAUGGCAGAACAGGUCCAAAGCCAAGGGAAUUUUCAGAUGAAUUCCUACAAUCAGUCCCUCUAUAUCUUAGGCAGACUAAGAGAAGUUAUGCAGCUGUCCUGAAGAUUUCUCAUGUAACUCUUCACAAUUUGAAGAAAAAAGGAAAGCUCAUAACACAUACAUGCAGUAACAAGCCUGCUCUCACAUUAGACUACAAGGUUGCUAGACUGAAAUGGGUGCUGUCACAUAUAAAUCCAGUCACAGCAGAUGAGGACCCCCCUUUUGUUGACAUGAACCAUGUCAUACAUAUAGAUGAGAAAUGGUUCUAUCUCAAUCCUGACAAGAGAAGAUUUUAUCUCCUUCCAGGUGAAGAAGACCCAUAUAUGGCACAACAGUAA